AUGCAGACCAACAGCAGCGGAGCAGUGCCAGUGUCAACACAGUCCCUCCCUGUCCCCAGUGUCACCUACGUGGUGCCUCAGGCUUCUGUCUGGCCUGGGGCACCAGGGGUCCAGGGACAGGGAGCGCAGCUCCCACCUGGGGGGAUGCCCCAAGUGGUUCAGCUGCCGCCUGGGGUGAUGCCCCAAGUGGUUCAGCUGCCACCUGGGGGGAUGCCCCAAGUGGUUCAGCUGCCACCUGGGGGGAUGCCCCAAGUGGUUCAGCUGCCACCUGGGGUGAUGCCCCAAGUGGUUCAGCUGCCACCUGGGGUGAUGCCCCAAGUGGUUCAGCUCCCACCUGGGGUGAUGCCCCAAGUGGUGGGUCAGCUCCCACCUGGGGUGACAACCCAAGUGGUGGGUCAGCUCCCACCUGGGGUGACAACCCAAGCUGUGGGUCAGCUCCCACCUGGGGGGAUGCCCACAACAGUGGUUCAGCUGCCACCUGGGGCGAUCCCUCAAGUUGUGGGUCAGCUGCCCUCUGGGGUGAUUCCCCAAGUCGUGGGUCAGCUCCCAACUGGCGGGAAGCGCCCAGCAGCGGGUAAGCGACCACGUGGGAGGAAGGCCCCAGCUGUGGGCAAGCGGCCACGUGGGGGGAAGCCCCCAACCGUGGGUCAGCUCCCACCUCAGGGGGUGCCACCCAUUGUGGUUCAGCUCACUCCUGAGGGGCUGCUCACUGUUUUGGGACAUCUCCCACCUGGGGGGCAGCAGUUACCCCUGCUCUUGCUCCUACCCGGGGGCAUGAAGCCGGGUAUGCCUCCCCCCAAUGCCCCUGCCCACUGCUGGGAUCACCCCCCGGCGGCAGGGACCAUGCAGCCCCAGCAGCCGAUGGGGCAGCAGCCCGGGGCCGCGUUGCGUGGGCAGCCCCCGCAGCCCGCAGGCAGCUGCCCGCUGCAGGCUGCCAGCCAGCCCGGCCCCUCCACUGUCCUCCAAGGACCUCCAGUGCGGCAGCGGGUGCGCCUCGUGCCCGGCACCCUGCCCACCAUCUUAGAGCAGCCCGAGGAGCCGGAGGACCAGGGGCCGCCAGCACCCAUCGGCGUGUGCCCCCAUCCCAACGCGGCUCCGCUCAGCUGCAGCAUCGCAGCGCUGGAAUCAGCUGCAGCGACAACCAGCUCCGACAUCGCGGAGGACAUCACCGACAUCGGUGACCUCCUGGCUUGGAUGAACAGCGAAGUGGCACCCAAAGAGGUCCCGGACAACAUCCCGGGCAUGGAUGAGGACGCGGACGAGUGCCCAGCCCCUGCCUGCACCCCCAGCGGGCACCAGCAGAGCGCUGGCAGCAUCCGAGCCACCAAGAGGAAGCUGCCGCAGAGCCAGAAUGCUCCAGAACAAAAGCGCUCGCGCUAG